AUGAGAAAUCUGGCAGGCUGGGUGCCGCUGGCUGUCUGCUUAUAUGGGCUGCGUGCAGAGUUGAUUUCUCAUUUUCACCUUCCAGAUCAAGAUAUUCCUUCCAUUCCCUGUAUCUUUCCAUUUACCUAUGGCAACGCAGUCCACUACAGUUGCAUCUCCAUGCACAGUGACUUUGACUGGUGUUCUCUCGACAGUAAAUUCCAAGGCAGGUGGCGGUACUGCACCGGGAUGGAUCCCCCCCAGUGUGUCUUUCCCUUCCUCUAUGGAAAAAAAUUCGUUUAUGGAUGCACCAAAGAAGGCUAUAUUUUGAAUCGAAGUUGGUGUUCAUUGACAAAAAAUUACAACAAAGAUGGAAAAUGGAAACGAUGUUCUCCUAAGGAGUAA